GACAAUGAGUUACUGCAGUGCUUUGAAAUUGUUUGCAAAUACUCUUCAGCAACACCUGCCCCUUUCAAACUAGAGGAAUAGGAAGGCAUAAAGAUACCUGUUACAAGGCUAUGGGAAAUUCAUACGCUGGGCGGCUGAAGACAAAAAGUUUUGAAGAAAUCUUACACAAUUACAUCGAGGCUUCCCUUCGCUCCAGUAACAUAGUGCCCAGACCUAUCUUCUCUCAGCUUUAUCUGGAAGGUGAACAGCAGAUCACAUCACAGGAAGCUGGCAGAUUAGAAAACAAAGACGAUGUUGAAGAUGAUGGGUCAGAGUCUAGCAGCCCUCCAAUUCCUUACCAGAUGAAACCUCCCCCAGAAGGAGCCUGUACCAUAGAUGGAUUCUGUCAGUCAGGGAGGGACCUGCGCCUGUCUUUUAUAUCAAAUGAGCAAAUGGAGGUCCCCCUAGGAUUUCUACUGGUUGGAGUGAAAUCCCCCAACCUGCCUGAUCACCUUCUGGUGGCUGUGGUGGACCGCAGGUUUCUACCAGACGACAACGGACGCAAUGCUCUGUUAGGGUUUUCAGGUGACUGUGUUGGAUGUGGAGAGAAGGGGUUUCGCUAUUUCACAGAAUUCUCCAAUCACAUCAAUCUGAAUGUAACAACCCAACCGAAGAAACAGAAGCACUUAAGGUGUUACCUCAUCAGGAAUGCACAUGGGGGUCUCACACAAGGACCCCUCAUCUGCUGGCGAGGCACAGAAAUGAGAGGAAGUCAGACUAGCUCCAGCCCCAACACAAGCCUUCCUCCCUGGUCUCUACAAGGCCCAGGACAACUGCCAGCCAUCGUCUCAGCAGAAGCUGUUUUAUCAGGAAGGCAGAUUAUUGUAACUGGUGUUCAGCUUACAGGUAUACUUGCUGACCAGGCACUGCCCCCGCUGGUGUCAGGGGCUCCCAUUGCACAUUACAGUGGCAAAGAUUGUCACAGACCCCAGCUCUCGUUAAGCAGCAGCAGCAGCAGCAGCCAGCCAACCAGACCUUCAGUGAUAGGCACCUUAGCUAAUUCGGGUCCACCUAAAAAACGAUACAAAGGCUGGUCUCCAGAGUCUCCUUCAGCUACUGAUGCAAAGAACAACCCCACGCCAGUCAACAAUGGAAGUAAGGCUGACAGUGGGAGUUUGUCAUGCUUAUCUCAGCCCACUCCUGCAGGACCGCUUCUUUCUCCUUUAGUGACCUCUGAGGAGCCUGUGGCUGUGCCUGGCAACCUGCUGAAAAUCUGCAGGACUCAGCCAGUGAUUUUCAAAGGUCAUGGAAGCUUGCCCUAUUUCUGUGGAAAUGUAAAUGAUGUAAUAAUCAGCCCACUGUUGCACUCCUGCUACCAGAAUUCCCAGGCUCUCCCCAGAGUUUAUGAGCAAGAUGAGGCUCCCCCCAUCCAGCCUCUUUCUGUGGAGAGGAUGAUAUUACUCACGGUCUACUACCUGGUUCAGCUUGCACCAGACCAGGUUCCCCUGAUUGAAGACUUGGAGCAGGUCUUCAUGUACCCAAGGCGGGAAUCUCACCUGACUGAAAUCAGGCAGUAUCAGCAGACAGACCCCCAAGUGUCUCCCCAGGGCUCAAGCCAGAAACAACCUGUCACCCCAGCCCAGCUUCCCUGGCUGGCCAGGCUAGCCGCCAGCUCCAGCAACAACAGCGUUCAGGUUAUUGUGUCCACCAACACCCUGGCUGAAGGGCUAUCGGAAACUUUCAAGUGCCUAGUUCAAGGCAAACUGGCACAAACCAACUUUGUAGUGAUCUUAUGCACUUCAGCAUCUCGGGGCACAGAGUCAUGUGUGGUGGUGACAGGAAAACACCAGGCCCGGGCACUUGCAGAGAGCAUGUCCACUCCAAUCGAAUCUCUCAAGGAGAUUAACUAUGAGCUGGCCACAGGGAAAGCAGAAGCACUAAGAGCUUUCUUUAGUAGUAUCUGCCCAGAUGUGGAUACUUUACUGGAAAAGUUUUCUCGGGAGAAAAAUGGCUCUGUUUCCUUGUCAAGUAAUCCUGAACUGUCAGAGGAAAUGGCAAAACAAGAAGGGCAAUGUUCUAAGUUCAUAGCUGAAUGGCAUCAAAUUCAUCCAGUCCAGUUGGUUGUGGCUCGGAAACUACUUUCCCAUGUCUGUGCCAUUGCUGACUCCAGCACACAAAACCUAGACCUUGGCUCCUUUGAAAAAGUGGAAUUCCUGAUUUCUGUUCCUCCUUCAGAAGUGACUUUUCAACAGAUUGUGCUACACCUUUGGAGCUCAGGAAUUUUGUUGGAGUUGGGACUGGAGAAGUACUGCAUGUCUAAGAAAGGAGCAGAGCAGUAUGUGGUGAAGCUUGACUCAGAGGCCCAGGGAAAGAUUGACGCGUUCAUUCAAAAAUCCAGAGUGAACCCCUACACACUCUUUAUACUGGUUCAUGACCAUGCCCAUUGGGAUCUAAGCAGUGAAGCUAGUAGUCCAAGCGAUUCCCCUGCAGGCCUGGUGGACAGACUGCUGAACUGCAGAGAAAUCAAGGAGGCUCCGAACAUUCUGACGCUUCAGGUCACGUCCUUCCCCUACGCCCUGCAGACACAGCACACACGCAUCAGCCCCUACAACGAGAUCCACUGGCCUCCCACCUGCAGCAAUGAUGCUGACUUGUACCAUGAGAACACAAAACACUUUGGCCUCUCGGAGUUGAUUGAAUCAACACGCUCAGGACACAGCCUUCCUGUACUGAGAUAUGACAGCUCAUUCCAGGCAAUGGUGAUGGCUCUCAGAGAAAGGUUUCCUAAGCUUCACAGCGUUGUGAUAAGAACUUACGUCCUAAUUCAGCACUAUGCUGUGGCCAUGAUGGCAGUAGUGGGUCUCUCCCAGAUGAAGAAAUAUACCUCGGUGGAAACGCUGGAGAUUAUCCAAAACCUCAUCAACGCCCCAGAACAGUGUCCGAGUCGCCACGGCAGCAUGGUGCUGCUGAGGAUCCCCUCAGUCCAGCUGGCUGCUGUAGCUUAUGAGCGCCUGUGCCAAGUCAGGGAAAAGCUUGGCUUACAACAGCAGUUCGAAAUCAUCUUGGGAAGUCCUAAUACUGCACUCAGUGUUGGAAAGCACUUUUUGGAAAUGCUGAAAACGUGGCUGAAAAUACAAGAUGCUGGCUGGGUUCCUCGUACAUAUUUGGAAUUGGAAGCCCUGCCAUGCAUACUCAUAUUCACUGGAAUGAACCCACAAGGAGAGUCGUUGCCAAGGUCUUUAAAGUACUGCGACCUUCGUUUAAUAAAUUCCACUUACCUGACGAGGACAGCCCUGGAGCAGGAGCUGGGACUAACGGCACACCUGGUCAAGUCACACGGGCCCAGUGAGAAGGUUCCAGCUAGUGACCUCACCGAAAGUGACCCGGAGACACUGAGCAGCACAGACAACGAGGAGGAGGCGAUAGUGAUGGAAGCAUUCAGCAGUGAGUCAACAACUCAUGCUCCGGCAAUUGACACUUCUGGGAAACAUCUUCAGUCUUCAGGGCUUUCUAACCCGGACAAGAGUGCUAAAGACUUAGACAAGAUCCAACUGGACAGCAGUUUAAAAGUAACAAUCAAUGAAAGCAGCACUUCCUGUGACCCGCAAACAAGGAAAACCACAAGGAUUCUUUUCAAAUUGAACUGCUCGGCUUCUUCUACUGACAAUGUGGUGAUAUCCCAGUCAGUGCCACAAUGUCCCAGGGCAAAGAGUUUAAACCAACCGCCUAUCGUGUUCCUGCCCAAAGCUGUAUAUGAUGUCAUCACCUCGGUUGACAGCAGUGGCCUCCCUAAGUCCACGUCCUUCCUUCCCCAUCAUUUAGUGACCUGGGCAAGCUCCUUUCGACCUUUGUUGAGCAAGAUAAUGACCUGCACUGAGCAGUCUCUGUAUUACCGUCAAUGGACCAUACCCAAACACAAUCAUAUGGACAGUAAAAAUAUAGCAGAGGAAAAAACAGACAACUUUCACCCCAGAAGCCUUUUAUUUAGUGGACCACCACAGGUGGGAAAAACUGGUGCCUAUCUGCAGUUUCUGGGUAUUUUGUCCACGGAAGUAGAUAUAUACGAUGAAGAAGAAAUUAACUCAAAUGUAAUGGAAGAUUCUGUUCAGUAUCACAAGACUGGUGCUGUGUGGCCAGAUGUCACUGUUUUCAAUGUGAUGCCUUUUGACUGCACUGUCCAUAAUCCCAAGUAUGAAGGUGCCAGUCCAGUUUACUCCAGAGAGCUUACUUUCAGAAACACAGGAAGCUCAAGAAAACAGGAAGAUGUCUACAUGAGGCGUCGCACAACAAGGAUGAGGUUGUCCAAAUACGCAGCCUAUAACACAUACCACCACUGUGAGCAGUGCCAUCAGUACAUGGGCCUCACCCCUAGACACCAGCUCUGCGAGUCCGCAUUGCACGCCUUCUCCUUUUCCUACUCAAUGCUAGGGGAGGAGAUCCAGCUUUACUUCAUCAUCCCCAAAUCCAAAGAGCAUCACUUCUCCUUCAGCCAGCCUGGAGGGCAGCUAGAGAGCGUGAAGCUUCCACUCACCUCUGACAAGAAUCCGGAUUUCAUAAAGAGUCCAAUCUUCACACCAACAACUGGGCGACAUGAGUACGGCCAUUUCAAUCUGUACCAUGCAAUGGAGGGUGUCAGCCACUUGAACAUUCUGGUCAUUAAGGAAUAUGAGAUGGCAGCCUACAAGAAAUACUGGCCUAACCACAUCCUGCUGGUCCUUCCUAGCAUUUUCAAUGGAGCUGGGGCUGUUCAUUUUCUGAUUAAAGAGCUGUCUUACCACAACUUAGAACUGGAGCGUAACAGGCAAGAAGAGCUGGGGAUUAAACCUCAGGAUAUCUGGCCAUUCAUCAUUGUGGGAGAUGACUCCUGUGUCAUGUGGAACAUGGUAGAUGUUGUACCUGCUGGAGACAGUAUGAGUAAAUCAUCAUUUUCAGAGAGGAAUGUCUCUUUGAGACAUGUCCUGCAGCACAUUGAGGCAACCCCUGCGAUCACACAGUACGGCCUGUGUGGGAUGAGGCAGUGGUCCAGCAGACAGAGCACUGGGCAGAUCAGAGAACCCUUCUCCCACUGUCACCUCCACGACUUUGUGCUGCUCAACGUGGACCUCACACAGAACGUGCAGUUCAACCAGAACAGAUUUACCUGUGUUGAUGUGGAUUUCAACCUCCGUGCCCACAGUGCUGGCUUGCUCAUCUGCAGGUUUAACAACUUCAGCGUUAUGAAGAAACAAAUUGCCAUCGGAGGACAAAGGGCAUUUAUCAUCAAAUCAAAGGUGUCUGAUGUGCCAACAAACAUUCCGCCUUCUCAGUACAUCUGCGCUCCUGACUGCAAGCACACUUUCCUGGCGGCUCCUGCUCCGCUGCUGCUUGAGAAGUACUUACAGCACACAAGCCACAGAUUCUUUCCCAUGUCUCUGAAAAACUACGCCCACCCAGUGCUUUCUGUGGACUGUUACCUCAACCUGGGAUCUGAGAUUGCUGUGUGUUACGUGAGCUCCCAUCCUCACUCUAUUAACAUCAUCUCUUCUGGCCUGCACUUCGGUGGUCUUCUUCUGUAUAUCUGCGACUCCUUUGUUACAGCAAGCUUUUUGAAAAAGUUCCAGUUCUUAAAAGGUGCCACACUGUGCGUCGUCUGCCCGGAUCGAAACUCUCUGCGGCAGACAGUGGUCAGGCUGGAGCUGGAGGAAGAGUGGCGGUUUUGGCUGAGAGACGAAUUUCAAACAGCCAACCCCAAGGAAGACAAGCCCCUCUUCUUUCUUACAGGGGAACGUAUAUGAGCCACUGUGGCAGCUGUCAUUAGGUUUGUAAAGGAUUAUAACAGGGGGCGUGGGCUAUCUGCUACACAAAUUAACCAGACCUUAACCCCGGAUAUACACACGGUCAUUGGUGGUUUGGCUUCCUCUUCACAGAUUAAACAGACCCCGAACCCAUUACACACACUGCCAUCAACGGUUUUGACUUCUUUUCUCUGGAGCUGUGGUCCCGGUUAGACACAUAGUAAUCAGAGGAGCUGACUUCUUAAUCCCUAAAACCUUAUCCCUGUUAAAACACAAGGUGAUCAGAGGAGCUAAUUUCUUAAUCCCUAAACUCUGAUCCCUGUUAAAACAUACGGUAAUCAGAGGUGCUGAUUUCUUAAUCCCUAAACUCUGAUCCCUGUUAAAACACACAGUGAUCAGAGGUGCUGACUUCUUAAUCCCUAAGAUUUUAUCCCUGUUAAAACACACAGUGAUCAGAGGAGCUGACUUCUUAAUCCCUAAACUCUGAUCCCUGUUAAAAUGCACUGUGAUCAGAGGAGCUGAUUUCUUAAUCCCUAAACUCUGAUCCCUGUUAAAACGCACUGUGAUCAGAGGAGCUGACUUCUUAAUCCCUAAACUCUGAUCCCUGUUAAAACGUACUGUGAUCAGAGGAGCUGACUUCUUAAUCCCUAAACUCUGAUCCCUGUUAAAACGCACUGUGAUCAGAGGAGCUGACUUCUUAAUCCCUAAGAUCUAUCCCUGUUAAAACACAUGGUGAUCAGAGUAUAGCUUUCACAAAGUAGCGUGGGCUGUCUUGAGUCCGAUGGCCUUACAGCAGCCCUCAGGUGUGUCAACUGGACUCUUCUAUAGUGCAAAAUGCUCAGCUGGGACAAACCCGCCUGCUGGUUACAGCUUGUACGUGUGUGUGUGUGCCUAUAUAUAUGUAUAUGUAGUUAAAUAUUGUGGAAUCACAUUACUUUGUAUUGUGUUUUAGGUUUACUCCUGCUUGUUUUUUUGUCUUGUAAGUAAAUGAGAACUGAAUCGUGAAACUGGAAGCUUGUUUGUUUAGACAUUGGACAUUGGAACAGUACAUAUAACGCAGAUUCACAUACAACUGGGUCUUUUGCAGAAGUGGAUUAUUUUUAUAGACAAAGUAUUCUUUUUGAUGAAGUGUUUACAUACAGUUAAAAAUAGGGAACCUAUUGUGGCAUGUUUUUACUGCAGUGUGAUGCAUAUCAUUUGGCAUGUUGCUGCAGUGUGAUGUGUGGUGCAUAUCAGUUGGCAUGUUAUUGCUGCAGUGUGAUGCAUAUCAUUUGGCAUGUUGCUGCAGUGUGAUGCAUGUUAUUGCUGCAGUGUAAUGCAUAUCAUUUGUCAUGUUAUUGCUGCAGUGUGCUGUAUGUUAUAUCUGCAGUGUGGUGCAUAUCAGUUGCACAGGGUUUCCAACAAGACAAGGAGCAACUCUCCUUUAUCAGUGAAAUUUCAUGAACAAAGCCUUGCAAACUAAAUACAUUUUAUUUUAAACUGCAAUAAAUUUGAAGCACGCCCAAUUUGUUAAAUGAACAAUACUGUAAUAUUACAGUAGUAGAGAACUGAAAACAAACAUGGUGUAUCUUACGAUUGAACGUUUAAAGUCGGAUAAUCAAGUUGGAUAAUUUAGCAGUUACAUUCUUAGAAAUACAUUCCACACCUAUCACCUAUUUUAAGUGCAUUCAUCAAAUGUUAAGUAUACUUAAUAUAUAUUAAUAUUUAGUAUAUUUGUAAUAUGUGUAUUUUUAAGCAUUCACACCCUUUGAAAUGCGUGAGUGUUCUUAGUAAUUGUAUUUUGAGGCAAAGUUAAAUCCGUUCCUGAAAAAGCAAAUGAAUCGUGCAUGAAGCAAAGGGUAUAGCAAUUUACUGAGACAGUAUUCUUUCAUACAUUGUGUGCUCCAGAAACCCAUUAAAUAAUAAAAUGCAUUAUUACUGUAGUGUGGUUUGCUAACCUGAAACUUGUCAAAUAUAAAAUCUUUUUGUAGAAUAUGUUUUUGUGUAAAAAGUACUUAUUUCUGUGUGUCUAAACU